CGUAAUUUUUUUGCACGAGCUAAAAGGGUAAGCACCGGAUAUAAGUUGCAGAAGCGGGAAGCUUGGCGCAUGCGCUAAAGACAUAACAUCUUCCAAGCUGUUGCAAAGGCUUACGAAUGGAUGAACUGAUGAAUUAAUUUUCAAUAUUCUUUUUGUGACACAUUGCAUAUCAAUCACAUUUGUUGCAAGAAAAUCUUCAUUCCGCAAGAUGAGAUCGAAGUGCCAAGCCAGACGAGUUGCCAAAGAAACUGAAAACGAUGGCGGAGCAUAUGAUUAUACUAAAUCAGACAGCGAGCAACUUUCAAGCUUCAGUGUUGAACAACAAACUAGCAGCAGUGAUGAGGUGCCAUUGUUUGUGCCGCAUCAGGAAUCCUCCGCUGGGUUCCAAACAUGCACAUCUGGGUUUCUAACACCUGCAGCCGGGUUUCAGACACCCUCAUUAAAGCUUCAAGCACACGCAGCUGGCUUUCAAACACCGGAAAAAUCAGGAGGAAAAAAAGAGAAAUCUUCAGAAUCAGGCAUUGCUGCAAAUAUGAUGGCACCACCAGGUUCAGAUUGCAAUAAGAAUGAUCCUGAUUACAUGUCAAAAAACACAGAUGACAAUCAAGUAGACCAUGUUGUGUCUGCUGCAAGUACUUCUUUUCUCUGUAAAAAUGAAUCAAGCACAGCUACAAAAGAAGAGUGUGCCUUUGAGGACUUUAUGUUGAAGAGCUUGGAUGACAGUCAUCCUGGAGUUUGGACAAGAGUCCGACUUGAAGCAGGAAAAUUAAUCGGUCCAAUGACAGAUAAGAGCCAGAAUAAAGAGAGUGUGAAGGAGAGCCAGUUGAUGAAGUAUAUACAGAAAUCUAACAACACGGAAACCAGUAACUUGAUGGCAGUACAUCUUCAGAAUCAGUUGUACUAUCGGGCCAUACGGGAGAUUCAGGCGGGCGAAGAAAUGUUGUUGUACGCCAAGGACCGACUUUACCAGGAACCGGAUUUUACCGGACUUUUCCAGAAAAAGAUUUCAGAAGGGGAGACGACAAUUCCAUGUGGGGAGUGCGGGGAAAUUUUCAAGGAUCCAAUGUCGCUUCACAAACAUCAGCUUUUCUCAUGUAACAACUCCCGAUCAGACUAUGGGCACGGCCAGGAUCUGUCCGGAGACGAUGCUAAAAGUGUGGAUGGUAGAUAUUCACCAAUGGCACCGAAUGAAAGAGACUCGCCAGAAAACACUGAGGGCGGAGAAUUUAAAUGUGAGGAAUGCCCCAGGAGUUUCUCUUUAAAGUCAAACCUAGCACGUCAUCAGAUAGUUCAUGAGUCCGGGAGAAGGUUUGCCUGCGAACAUUGCGACCGUCACUUUACCGAUCCGUCAAACUUGCAGCGUCAUAUCCGAUCCCAGCAUCAUGGUGCCAGGUGUCAUGCUUGUACCGAAUGUGGCAAAACAUUUGCGACGUCAUCUGGUCUAAAGCAACAUCAGCAUAUUCACUCAAGUGUGAAACCGUUCCAAUGUGAGGUCUGUCUAAAGGCUUACACACAGUUUUCCAAUCUUUGCCGACACAAGAGAAUGCAUGCUGACUGUCGUCAACAGAUUAAAUGUAAUGAUUGUGGCCAAGCCUUCUCCACAAUAACAUCUCUCAGUAAACAUAAGAGAUUCUGUGAAGGUGCAUUGAGAAACGGCAUGAGAUUAGGUGGUUUUGGAGGAGAAACAAAGAUUCCGCCAUCAACUGGGCUCUUGGGCGCUAGUCAAUCAACACCCUUCUCGCCAGCUAUGAUGAUGGGCUUAUACGGUAGCCGCCCAGCAUUUCCAUUCUAUCCACCUGCUCUUGGUAAUCUACAGAUGUUUCCAGCUGGCCAUCCAUUGUCUGCAUUAACAGCUCUUUCUCCGAGCAGUUUGAGGUCACCUGGAUUGCCAUCCUUGACACCGGAGAAACCAGAUUUGAGCCCGGCUGAAAAAUAUGAAAAACGGGCCCCAGAGGGUAGCGAUGGUGGAUCGGAGCUCAACUCCGGUAGUGAUUUGGACAAUAUUCCUUCUGAUUCUGAGAGUGAAAAGAGUGUUGGUGCAUCGCUACAUUCAUUGGAUACAAAAACACACACUGUGUCAGUAACUGUUCCUAAGCCUGUUGCGUUUAUUCCUCAGUCUUUGACAUCACAAACUAGCGACUUUUCAUCGCAUGCUUUUCUUCCUCCAAAGAAAAGUCCUUCACCUUCGCAAGAUAUGAAACCUGAUUCGUCAGAACAACCUUUUGAUUUCUCUAAACCUGCUGAAGACGACUAUGUGACUCCUCCAAAGAACAACUCUGCAGCUAAUCAGGUUGGCAAGCAGGAGGGAGAACUUCCCCUUGAUCUCAGUCAAACAAAAGAAAUAACUCCCCCUGAAGCUCCAAGAAAAACCCAUGUUUUUGGUGAAGUUAAAACCCCUGUUACACCCGAACCACGUCUUCAUUAUGCCUACCCACAGUUUCCAAAACAGCUUAUGAUGGAACAGGCUCUUCGUAUGGCUGAACAGAAAGAAAAGUCUCCAGUUGAGUCCAGCAAUUUUCUGAGAUACCAGCGUUUUCCUUUUGCUAGCCCACCACAGUAUCCCGUUGGAAUUAACCCCUUCAGUUUCAUCAGUCAGGCUUCCCCAAAGUCUGUUACAUCAGCUUCAUCUAUUUCUUCGAUGUCUCCUCAAGGAAAAGCAUUCCCCGAGUUUGGUGGCUCACCAUCCCAGAUUGGACAAUUUUCAACACCUAAUAAACUGAAAGAUCGUUACAGUUGCAAAUUCUGUGGCAAGGUCUUUCCCAGGAGUGCAAACUUAACUCGCCAUUUGAGAACACAUACUGGUGAACAACCUUAUAAAUGUAAAUACUGUGAGCGGUCAUUCUCCAUCUCGUCAAAUCUUCAGCGACAUGUUCGAAAUAUUCACAACAAAGAAAAACCAUUUAGAUGUCCAUUGUGCGAUAGAUGCUUCGGUCAACAGACCAAUCUUGAUCGUCAUUUGAAGAAGCACGAGACCGAGGGACCAAAUAUUGUUGAUUCACCUGAGCGAAUGGAAGAAAGGGAGACUGAACUUGAUGAUAAAGACGAGUCUUAUUUUUCCGAAAUAAGAAACUUCAUCGGAAAGGCGACCACUCUGGGUGGAAAUCCUGAUAUAAACCAAAACUCUCUGUCUGUAGUUGAACUCAAACACCGAAUGGAAUUGCUGCAGCAGGAAAAAAUGGCUGAAGACAGUGAUGAAGAGAUUGACCCCGUUUCUGAUGACCAUGAUGCCAAGUCGGCCAAGUCUGAUGAAAGAGGUGAAACUGUAAUGGACAAUGAUUCUAGUGAACCAAGUGUAAAGAAGGCUCGUAUGUCAGAGCAGCUGAAGAUUUCUACUUAUACAAAUGAACAAGAGCCUUUGCCCCUGUGUAAAAAACCAGGUUUUGAACUGAAAAGAGACUUUAGUCCCGUGAUGUGUUCAUAGAACGGUUAGCUUGUGAUUUGCAGUUGUAUUAUUAAGUAAUGUAAAUUUGACAGAUGAGUUUUUUUCUGAAUUUAAUUGAAUUUAAAGUAUGUAUACUUAACCUCCCUAUGAGUUGAUACUUUUGAGGUAUGGCAGAAUUGUUAUUAACUAUUAUAGUGUUUGUUUUUGCAAACAAUAUUCUUAUUUAAAUCAUAUGUUUAGAGAUUUUAUUUAUUGACUAUAUCAAAUAUAAUCAUAAUAAGUCAGUUUGGUGUUACCUAAGGGUAACCUUUUUUAAGCGCUGCAAAUUUGUACAAAUUUUGUCUUACUUUUUUUUUUCUCUGUAAUUUUGUAAUGUCAUUAAGGCUGGUUAAAUGGGACCAAACUUUUACAAAUUUAACUUCUUAUGGCUUUUACAUUGUACAUGAUGUUUUGUUAAUGAAUUACCUCGAUGCUGUUGAGAAAACAACAAAACAAUGUUUAUUUCAUUAAUCACUUUCAAAGUUGUUAAAGAAUUUUGUAGAGUCAAGCAAUAUCAUGUUUUCUUUUUUUUAUCAACGUUAUUAUGGGUAGAGUCUUAUAUUGGAAAUUUAGGCGUAAUAGUUUGAACAGGAAACUCGUUCUUAGUAUUCAUUAUGCAAAAUGAUUUCCGGUAACCAUGUGACAUUUUAGAACCGACACGGUGGCGCGCUCAUUUUUAAAAAUGAUAUUCAUUCAUAUUGUGUUAAUUGCAUGAUAAUUGCAACAGUCGUGGAAAAUGUCACAUGUUUUAGAUAAUAUUUGCCACUAAUUUUGAUAUUGAAGAUUGCACGUGACACGCUUUUAGAACUUGUAACUACAGAAUAUAUAUGUGGCUGACUCUGUCUCAAUUGGUAAAAUGGCUCGCAAGUGCUUUGAGGUCCUUUGUGUGAAUCCAGAUUAGGCAUAUGGGUUUUCAUGAUUUUGAACAUACAAAAUUGCUUAUCCCUUAUAUAGCAUUUUAUAUACCCUAAUUUGAAGACAAAAAAAGUUACUGUGAAAUAUUCACCAAAACAUUUUUUUUUUUUAAUUUGUUUAUUACAAUGAAAGCUAUAAUUUCAAACCAAUUAAAAAAAUUCUAGCAUUCCACGUAUUUUUAUAUAGGAAUGAUGUUUGAAUAAUAAACUUUAAACAUUGUCUUAUCUAAAAUUGUAUUUCUUGAAUCUCAUGUAUAAUGUUGAACUUAUUCAAAAUUUCUUGCCACAGCAGUUGGAAAGAAUCUCAGAAAUAAAGAAAAGAAUUACACCAGAACAAUGUAUCAAGUUCUUUCAGUUGGUCAGAAUCUCAAAGAAAAAAUAUAGGCAUUUUUAAAAUAUAUACAUAUAUUUAUUUUUUGUAAUCUUUUGUACACUGUAAAUAAUCUGACUAUUUUAGAAAGCAAUCUAUUAAGUAUUAAAUGCAUAUAUAUUUAUAGAUUUAUGAGAAAAUAAAAAAAAUGUUAAUUCUUAGUAUACCAUUUGCAAUACUGAGGUAUCACAUGGCAAUGGUCAUCAGUAGAGAGCAAGGUCAGGCAGGACAUCCAUGCUCUUUACCAUUAACUGCAUAAUUGUAAAAAAAAUUGAUAACCAAAAAACCCUCUUUUUUUAACCAUGGACUGCUUCAAUUUCAAACCAGGACAAGUCUAUUAUGCAAAUUUAGGGUAAGGCUUUAGGAUAAAACUAUGUUCAUAUCAUAUUCAAUAUAGAAAAAAAAAAGUGUUUUCGAAAAAAAAUUUCUUUCUUUUUUUUUCUCACAUUAAAGGAACUUCCUGAUAUAUAUAAAGGUUACUUUAUGAAUAUAUUAGUAGUUAGGAGUUCUAAUUAAACAAUUAGGCCAUGAUUGUAUGAUAAUUAUAUGUAAAUUAUAAAGUUCUUUUUUUUUUGCUUCUGACAAUCGUUGGAUGAAAUGGUUUCAUUUUUUGUCAUUUACAGUGAAAUUACUGUUAUCUGUAAUUAUCACCAUGAUAAGAUAAUUUAUCAAAGCAUUAUCAGUAUUUAAAAAGCCCAAAAAUUGUCAUAAUUUUGAUACUUAAUAAACAGAAUGGAAAGUUCAAUGAAAAUGUUGAUAAUUAUAUAAUUAUAUCUACAGAGUAACUUAAAUGUUAUUUUUCAUAUAUUUUUUUUUUGUAAAUUCAAUCAAGUCUGUUACUUUCCUUAUGCAUUUAAGUACUUAAAAUAUUAUGGAUAUGUUUAAGUGUAAGGUUUUGUAUGGGACCACCUUUUUUUCAAAGGGAAAACUUUUUUUGUUUAUACAUAGUAUAUAUUCCAUGUAAAUAGUGAAAAUUCUGACCAAAGUAUAUAGACCAAAGUUAUUUAUAUGUAUAUAAUGGUAGUUAUUCUGUAUCUAUGUACACAUGUAUUUAAAUAUGUAAAUAUAUAUAUACAUUGUAUACUUUAGUGUGAAUAUUGCUUAUUUUGACUUUGAUUGAUUAAUUAUAAAUCAAUGUAGAGUGACGUAUUUUCAUCAUAAAUUUGAUUUAUUGAUUUAAAUAAUAUUUUAUAAAAUUCCCCCCCCCCCAACCCCGCCCUCUUUGCAAUUUAUAUUAUGAAUCCCAGCUUUACAUUACAUACAAAACUAUUAAACACUUUGAUUUAUGUAACUCGUUAGUUGUUUGGUGCUUCAGUAAUAUUUUUCUUUUAUUUUUAUAAACAAUAGAUAGAUCUACUUAUGCAUUUAAAACUUUCAUUUUCUUGCCAUUAUAGCUUAUUUUUUUUUACCCAAUUUAGUUUUUUUCCUAAUUAAAGGGAAGUAACUGUGAUGAUUUUAUUUUGGAUAGAAUUUCUAGUUUCUUACCAGUUGCUUCCCCUUUUUGACUGAGGACCAACAAUGAUCACAUUCCUUGAAAACAUGAUGAGUUUCUGAAUUUUUGUAAUGAAAUUUGAUAAAUUUUGAAUCACUAGUGUGAACUAGACACUUAAAUAAAAGUGUUGAAAAAAAAAAGUUUUGUCAAGCUACUAAAAAGUGUGAUUUUUCCUUGUUUUUCAAACUGUUUAUGUUGUUUUUGAGGUUUACUGUCUCCGUGUGAUGAAAAUAAAAUGUGCUUUCUUGAUAAAAACAGAA